UUGAAGAUUMUAUUCAUAUUUUAAUUGAAAUCGUCCCUGAGUAUACAAAAAACAUAAUGCAAAUUUACCAGCAACCAAGAAAACGACAAAUUUACAAGCCACUCUCCAAGAUAUGUCCCACUCCGGCUGUGGAUGGUUGGGGAAGAUCUACAUACAGGCAAUCGUUCAAGCAGCCCGAACCACAACUCAAGAAUUGCAAGCGCACCGCGGUACCGACGGAGGGCAUUUGGCCCAGGCAUGACGGUCGCAGCGAACAACUCGACCGGCUGACCGUGCACCGGGCCAGUUUUCGCGAGUGGCCGGACGUGGACCGGACUCUUCCCGCGGUGAUCUGCGAUCAUGAACUCGUUGGCGGCACGCACGAACAAAUGCAAAACGUGACGUCACAGCGACAUGACUUUGUCACCAAGUGCCUGUCUGAGGCCGAUCGCCAGCCGGCCGCUGGACCACGGGAGACCAUAGGCACCUAUUGCGGCACCGGAACGUGCUGCACCAUGACGAGCAACACCACCACGGGCGACGCAUUCAUGACCCCGUGGAGUGACGGACGACGGCCCCUGGCGCGCCCGUCCACAGCCGUCUGGUCGCAGGGCCCGAACYUGCAGAUGGCCAAAGAGACGGAGACCAGCUCAAGCUACCAGAAKUGGAGCCCAAUGGCGUUGUACCGGCCACGGUCGCUGCCCCCGUACUGCCGAUCGGAGGAGCCCGUCAACGGCCGCACCGUGUACACAAUCAGUUACCGCCCACCCGGUACGUUCCGCGACCCGUUGCCAGGCGAACAACCCCCGACCGACGGUUACGGAAACGACGAUAAGUCCGCCAACGAUCCUAAAACCUGCAAAACUUUUUACCCCCGAGCGCAUGAUUACAAUUUGUAA